UAGCGGUUUUUUUUGGGUUGGAGGAGGAACGACGAGAGCGAGAACCAAAACCAUGCGGAAAUGGCUCAGUAUCGGCAAGCAGGCGCGGAGCGUUUCUUGGUCCGGAUCCACCACGACCCCGCCGCCGCCGACCUCCGCCUACCUCACCACAAGCCCGCCCGGAUCCGCCGCUCCGGCAAGCCCCACCGCGGCUUCUCCGCCGCCACUAUUCUCGCCCUGACCCUCGCCCUCGCGCUCUUCGUCGCCCUCCUAUCUUCUCACAUCUUCUCCCGUCACAAAGAAACUGGAGGAAAAUCCGACGCUUUUGAUGGUGGUGAUGGCGGGAAUAAUGUGAAGACCGAUUUGGAAUUCCGACCCCGAUCCAAUCGUUCUUCAGUGUACUCAAAGGAGCUCAAGUUCGGCCACGGCUCCGGCACGAGCGGCCGGGAUUCGAGGUAUUGGGACCGGGACGACAGGCGACGGGACCAGGAUUACGGUGAGGAGAAGCGCGGUAAUGUUAAAAAAGAUCAGAUCUUGGGGCGGGAAAGCGGUGCAAAAGGGCAGCUUUUUGCUAAAGAUCGUCAGGAUAGGCAUGAUGAGAAGCGAGGAGGGAGUAAGAAUGGAGGAAGAUUGUAUAAUGAGGCAAGGCUGGCCGAGCUGGAUGCUUAUAAGAAGGAGUAUGAGGCCUCACGGACGAAUAAUGGGGAUAAUGGAGCGAAAGAUGUUGAUCCUGACGAUGAGUAUGAUGAUGGUUUUGAUGUGUUGGAUAAUCAUGAUGAUAUGAAACAUGAUAACGGGGUUCAUCGCGAUCAUGGUCAUGAUGGUGGAAUGGUUGGAGUCAAGAAAGAUGCAUUCUUGGAUGCAGGUGAGAAAGGUUCUACUGAGGUUUUGGGAAGAAUCGGUCGUGGGAAUAAGUUGGAACAGGGCCACACAUCUAGUUCUGAGAAGAAGUCAGGCUCAAAGAGGAAGCCGAAGCAUCGCAAAUCUUCUAGUUCAUCUUGUGAGAUAAAAUUCUUGAAUUCUACAGCUCUACUUGUAGAGCCCGUUGAAAACAAGAAAUUUGCAAGGUUUUCCUUGCAGUAUACUGAUGUUGAAGACAGGCCUAGUGGAUCUGAGAACUGGGAGCCAAGAUUUGCUGGCCACCAGACUCUCCAAGAAAGAGAGGAGUCAUAUUAUGCCCAUGACCAGAAAAUUAACUGUGGCUUUGUUAAAGGCCCUCAUGGAUCACCAAGCACUGGCUUUGACCUUUCAGAAGAUGAUGUGAGAUACAUGAGCAGUUGUCACAUAGCUGUAUCUUCUUGCAUCUUUGGUAACUCAGACCGUUUAAGAACUCCAUUUGGAAAGACGAUUACGCGUCUAUCAAGGAAAAAUGUCUGCUUCGUUAUGUUUGUGGAUGAAAGUACAUUGCAGACUUUAUUGUUAGAAGGCGAAAAUAUGGAUAAUAUGGGGUUUAUUGGUCUGUGGAAGAUUAUAGUGGUUAAAAACUUACCGUAUGCUGACAUGCGGAGAGUUGGGAAGAUACCAAAGUUUUUGUCACAUCGUCUCUUCCCUACUGCCAGGUAUUCAAUCUGGCUGGACAGCAAAUUGCGACUUCAGAGCGAUCCUUACCUCAUCCUAGAGUAUUUCCUUUGGCGGCACGGUUAUGAAUAUGCCAUUUCUAAUCACUAUGAUCGGCAUUGUGUUUGGGAGGAGGUGAUGCAAAAUAAGAAGCUGAACAAAUACAACCAUACUAUCAUUGAUCAACAGUUCGAAUUCUACCAGUCUGAUGGACUGAAAAGAUUUGAUCCCUCGGAUCCUAGCAAACUGCUUCCUAGCCAUGUCCCAGAAGGUUCUUUCAUCGUGCGAGCUCACACACCAAUGUCAAACUUGUUCUCCUGCCUGUGGUUCAACGAGGUUGACCGCUUUACUCCACGUGACCAGCUGAGUUUUGCUUACACAUAUCUGAAGCUCGGUAGGAUGAAUCCUGGGAAACCUUUUCACCUUAGUAUGUUCAAGGAUUGUGAAAGACGAUCUAUAGCGAAACUUUUCCAUCACAGAGCAGAAGAGAAGCGAAAUAACCCUGCACAGUCAACAAGAUGAGAUAUGAUUUCCUGAACAUUGGUGAAAGAAGAGGAAAGAGUUGUUCCUAUUCAAGUCAUCGUCACAUUCAUGCAUGUUGCUUUGGUUCAGCCGAUGCCUGGAGAUAACAUGGUCGUUAUCAUGGAUAUGCUGCAUGUUGAUGAGUGAAGCUGAGGCUGAAAAUCUGCACUUGCCCAUCUUUAGUUAAAGCUCUCUUGCUUUGGGAGGUCGGAAGAUCCUGGUUCUUGUGUCAUGUAUUUCAUUUGAUCAAGUAAAAUUUUGGCUUGGCCCCAUAUUCAUACAGGUGCUAUUCUUGCGGAUUUUUGCUUGUAUUUUGUGGCAGUUUGUAUAUUUCCGCGUCAUAUCAUUUGCCAGAUCAUAAUGAUUUCCAUGAUCCUGUGGACUUAGACUGCCAAUCUUGUAUCAUGUACAACUUUAUCAGUGUAUUGAUAUUUUUUAAACAGCCUUAUUGUUGCUUCUGAAGGCUUU